UGACAACUGUCCGUGUGUACCGCAAAGCACGAGACAAAAUCGAUCGUUUCCGACUAGUCUCAACAUACGCAAUGUCAAACCAAUUUCGGGUAGGUAAUGUUAAAUAAAGAGGGUCGACUUUUUUAUUAUUGUCGGUUUAACUUGUGACUUUGCUUUAUAGUCUAGGAGUAGUAGUAUCUACAUUACUGGAGGUAUGAAUCUGCACGUAGUAAAGGACAUUUGGUGGUUGUUUUUAUUGUGUUUCCUCACAACUUCGGAUGGGAUUAACUAUGAAGAUCAAGAUUUGGACCCAUGCAAGGAGAAAUAUCAUGCGAUGCUGGGUAUUAUUUCGACUUAGGAGAUCUGAUGUGUCGAAUGUGUCGUCCAGGAACAUUUUCUUUGGGUGGAGGAGUUCUGUUUGACACAUGGGAUGAAUUACCAGAAGGAUUUUAUACACAAGUUGAAUCUUUCCAUUCCUCCUUCAGUUCAUUUUCUAGAUAUGACAAUGAAGUCAACUGUAGCAAUUAUGGUUGGCAGCCAAGAGGUGACUUCUUAGCAUUCACAGGAGGUCCAUGUGCUGCUACACUUACAUACACAGUGCACCUCGUUAAACCUGGAAAUUUGUCUUAUUUGUACCAGUUUUCUGACAGAGACAUUAUUUUUGACUUUGAGGCCCAGAAUGAUCAAUGUCAAUCCAUUAAGGAUUCAAAAGAGUAUCGUUGGCCUUCAGUAACACGUGAAGGUGAAUGGAAACAACAGACAGUUCAUUUGAAGGCUGGUCAAAAUGUUCUUCAGUGGAAAGCAAUUGGAAUGGACAUGCACCAAGGGAAACCAGUUCUAAUAAGGUCAAUUGAAAUUAGUGGGGUUGCCUUUGCUUCCUCAUGUACACCCUGUCGUGCUGGAACUUAUAGCCAAGGUGGAUCUCGUUCAUGUCUUGAGUGUCCUGAAAAUCACUUCUCUGAAUGGGAGGCACAUUCUUGUACACCUUGCAACAAUAUAACUGAGUUUUCACCAAGAGCAUCACCCACCUGCCUCACACGAAGACUGUGUACACACAGUGACUACUAUGAAACACGCACUCCAUGUGAUUCAAAUAACCAGACACAAGAAGUUUAUAAAUGGCUUCAGCCAAAGACUUGUCGUGAUGAUGUUCCUGAUGCAGUGCGCUUACCUCCAGCCAGUGAGAAACAUGAAUGUCCACCAUGCAAUCCAGGAAUGGAUUAUCAUAACGGCUCUACUUGCGAAUUUUGUCCCAGUAAUAUGUAUUCAGAUGGACGAACUGGUUGUAAACGAUGUCCACCUAACACAACUCCAAAUUAUGGUUAUCAAAUUCUACAUUGGACAGAAAUGCUGAAGAUGAUGAGUGCUGCAUGUAUGGAAAUUGAUGGCUCGAGCUGCAGCAGUAGUGACAUGGGUUGGCAGUGUGCAGGGUCAUACAUUCGGUCAGGAAAUCACCAUACAGCUGGAGCAUACCUCUUACUCUCACUUAAUGUUGCUGGAUUUCGUAGCAAAGGAGGUGUCAGUGGUGGCCGUCGGUUAGGUGUUGGACAAAUAUCCUUCAGCUUUGAGCUGGAUUGUGAGAGUAAAUGUGAACUCUUAUUCAUGCAGGGAUCUGAUUCCAAAGGAGUGACGUUAAUACAGAGGUGGACAGACUCCCAGUCAAGGCAAGAGUUCUUCCAUUCAGUAAUGCUGAAUGACUCGUACACCUUCAGCUGGGCAUUUCAGAAAUUGCAGCUUGGUCAGAGCAAUCACAACAUUAAAGUUGGGGAUGAUGUUGCAAGGAUCUUUUCAAUCAAUGUAACAAAUACAAUUGAUGGAGGAGCAGCCAUGUGUUUACCAUGUCAUCUGGAUGCAGAAGAGCAUGGGUGCAUACCCUGUCCACCUGGACAAUACAUUGAUCCAAACACAACCGCUUGCACUCCCUGCCCCCCUGACACUACUGUAUCAGACUCACUAGCAUACGGAGAAGAUUCCUGUCAGCCCUGUGGUCCUGGACUCACCAGCUUGGAUGGAGUUGUAUGCACAACUAAAUGUGUUUUCAACUUUGAUGGGGUUCAGUUUGACCUUAGGUCAUUGGCAAACCCUUAUUUGGUGAAAGGAAGCCGUCUGUUUACAGCUUCAGGUGCACAGUAUUACCAUCUCUUUAACAUAAGCUUAUGUGGACAAACGGCAGCUCUCUGUUCAAACAAUGUGUCUUAUCAAAUUGAAGGCCAGACUUCCCAAGUUAAAUCCUUUGUAUGUCGGACAACUAUUGUUCCGAGUCAGUCAGCAGAAGAGGACUUGACUCUCUCCACACAGUCAGUCACACUGGGAGAUGAGUUAGUUGCUGUAUCAAAAAAUGUCUCCUACAUGAAUAUUCAAGUGAUUGAUGAAUUUGUGGAGAUGGGGUUCCAUGAUGAUCUGCACUUCUACUAUUCUACACCACUCUCGACACGUUCGUGCCCUCAAGGCCGAACAACUGUAAUUACAUUGCACUGUGAUCCAGACCAAAAAGGCGAGGGUAGAAUCAAACUUCCUGCAAAAUGUCCUGAUGGAACAUGUGAUGGUUGUAAUUUUAACUUCUUGUGGGCCAGUGCAUCAGCCUGCCCUAUAUGCACAGAAAAUAAUUACCGGGUGGUGAAAGGAGAAUGUGUGUAUGGGACACAGACAGUUCAUUAUCUUCCUCCAACUAACUGCAUUAUGCCAUCAACAGUGCCACUUACAAAAAGUGUCCGGUGUACAACACAUAUUCCCUUGGAAUUGCAGAUAGUGAUUGCUGUGACGGUGGCACUCGCCCUCUUUUUGUGUGGUCUCAUGCUUUAUUUCUGGAAGAAAACACAACAUCUAGAGUAUAAAUACAUGAAACUGGUGCAGUCAGCUGGAGGUCGUGAUGGUGAAGGGGAGGCAGAACUUGCUCCAGCUGAAAGUUGUGCUCUUGAUGAUGGUGAGGAGGAGGAAAUUCAAUUCAGCCAGCCCCUUACUGCUGGAAUUUUGAACCGUAUCAAGGCUAUGACAGGCAAGAGUGAAACAGGAAAUCCAUUUGAGACUAUUCAGCUAACAAAAUAAAAAUUUGUAUCGCUUGAUUAUUUCAUUAGAAAUCCACUUAUUACCUGAGGGACCACAGGAAGGAGCGAGAUGAAAAAGUGAAACUAAUCGAAAUUAGACCAUUAAGCUGAUCAGUGUUGUGGAAGAAUGAUGUGGAAUGUAAUACCAAUGAGCUGUGUCAACUCAAAUAUCUUCAGACUAUCAAAACCUGUGACAAAAUGUGAAAUAACUUGACAUUCAAAUAAGUAUCACCCCAUAAUACGUAGUUUGAAAAAGAAUAUUCUGUCCAGUUUGCUGCAGUAGCUAUAUCAGAGUCUGGAAUUGGUAGUACUGAACUCUACUGAAUAAACUGAUAAGUGCCAAGGAAUCUUAGAUUGAUUAUUAUAUUUAUUAAAAUGGAAACAACUGUUGCCUUCUUCACACAGUUAUCAGUAUUAUUGUAUGCAGAAUCAUAUCAGUAGUUGACUUGAAGUUUAAGAAAACAUUGAUCACAUUAAUGUAGUGCCCAUCCUUAAAUAAAGUAUUCUUAUUGUUCUCAUUUUAA